AGUUGGUCACGUAUGGAAUGGUACAGAACCCAAUAUUUUACGACGUUUCACCUAAUUCUCAAAAAGGGGAGGUAACUCUAUAACAGCUGUAGCUCCUCGCAGCGACGGUUGCGAAUACCAUCGUAUGCUCGAUGCACUCACGUGAAUUGUCAACCCGCUGUACUGAGUAUGCAUAGCUUUCGCAUAUCGAAAAGUAAACAACGCUAAUGUCUUCACUUGUGGUUACAUUUCAACGAGCCAACUGUUCCGACAUUUAUUAGACUGCCGACAAAUUGUGCGAUCUGGAUGAUCAGCCAUGCUAUUGCUGCGCGCUUCUAUGACUGUCAGUUUCAGACGGCGGAUUCGCAGCUGCACGAGAGUGCGCAUUGCGGGGAUACACUCUCUCUCCGGAAACUGAUCACACAGGACGUUUACAAAGACCAGAUUGACAAGAGGAAUCAUCUGGGAUGUACACCGCUCAGACUGUCAGCCACAGGUGGCCAUGUGGAGUCAUCAAGAAUCUUACUCGAGGCUGGGGCGUCCAUCGAUAUCUCUGAUGUGAAAGGUCAGACGCCAUUGUUUGUAGCAGUGAAGAACAACCAUUAUGACUGUGCUCUCCUUCUCCUCCAGCAUGGAGCAAACCCCGAAGGCAGUGAAGAGAAUGUUGCCACACCCCUCUACACAGCUGCCAUGAAUGGCUUCCUGGUCAUGGUCAAGAUCUUGAUACAAUUUGGUGCAAAUGUGACGUGUCAGAAUGUCCGAGUUUUUCGUCCAUUCAGCAUGGAUCCCCUCCAGAUAGCCGUAGCAUACCAACAGUUUGAAUGUGUCAAACUCCUUCUGCGGGCCGGUGCCAACGCACAGAGCAGUACACGGGAGGCAGCUCCCUUGUAUCACAUCGCAGUGAAGCAGAGGUGUGCAGUGGAGUUCCUGCAGCUGCUGUAUGAGUUCGGAGUGUCCAUGUACACGAGAGACAAUCACGGCAAGUUUCCCUGGCAAUAUGACUUGUCUGGGUACCCUGAGGAAGAGAGACACAGGGUCCUUCAAUCUUUCUGCACAAUACGAGGGGAGCCCCGCAGUCUCAAGUCCAGCAGCAGACUGUGCGUCCACCACACUUUGAGUCGGGCUGACCGCCUGAGGAGGCUGGACACCCUGUGUCUACCCAGCACAUUGCUCGACUACCUCGCAUAUCAUGACAUACACAGAUGAUGACAUACACAGAUGAUGACAUACACAGAUGAUGACACACACAGUUGAUGACAUACACAGAUGAUGACACACACAGAUUGAACACA